AUGGAUACUUUAAGCCUCUCGGUGAACGCGGCGACCCACGCAGAGCCCACGCCGCACACGGAGGCUUGGGACCCGUUCAACAGACCCAUCCCCAACGUGGAGCCCUGGAACUUCACGGUGCUGGCGGUGCUCAUGUUCGUGGUCACGUCUCUGUCUCUGAGUGAAAACUUCCUCGUGAUGUUCGUGACUUUCCGCUUCAAGCAGCUGCGGCAGCCGCUCAACUACAUCAUCGUGAACCUGGCGAUCGCAGACUUUUUGGUGUCUCUCACUGGAGGGAUCAUCAGCUUCCUCACCAACACGCGCGGAUACUUCUUCCUCGGUCACUGGGCGUGCAUCCUGGAAGGCUUCGCGGUCACUUUCUUUGGUGAGUUUACUUUGGGUUUGUUUUUAGAGUGGACUGUAGAAACCAUGGACUGUAAAGACUGGACUGUAGAAACCAUGGACUAUAGAGACUGGACUGUAGAGACCAUGGACUGUAGAAACCAUGGACUGUAG